AUGUUCUAAACUUCUAAUGGUGUAAUUUUGAAGAUGGGUUUAAAUAGGGUUUGGGUGCAUUUAUGUUUGAAGAUGGGGUUAAAAACGUCUUUUUAAGUUUCUUCUGAACCUUUAAGACUAUGAAGGGGAUGAGUGUAAUUUCACGAAGAGAGAAGGGUUGUGUUUCGGGCAUAGACUAUUAUACUAUGAGCUAAUGAGCCGUUCAUCAUUAGUGGGUUUCCAUGUUUGAAAAGCAGAUUUUAACACGGUGAUGAGCACUAGAACUGGAGUAUAUUAUCCAGAUUCUUGGUGAGUUUUCCAAAAGGAAUUUAGUUAUAAUACGCAGCGAUCUUGACGAUAAGUUGUUUGAUUGUAUUCUGUCAUUCAGAGAAUCAGAGCUGUAUGAGUUUAUUAUAUUACGUAGAAGAGGAAGCGGAAGGAGGAGGAAGAAAAAAAGAGCAAAGCUCAAGUGUUCGGCAGAUACAGAUGCAAUAGAAAACCAGGAAAUGAUCUCAUCUGGUUUUGAAAUGAACAGGAUUCCAUGAGUAUUUUGGCUUCUAUCUCUUGGGUUUAGUUUAGAUCAGAAAGGGUCGGAGGGAUCGGAAGUUCUAGUUACUCAUCAAAACGAUUUCACUGGUGACUUGAUUUCAGACUGAAAUUGGGACAGUCUUGCUGCUUCAGAGAUAAAUCAGAAAAAUGAAAUUAACUCCAAGAGAGGUCGAGAAAUUAACUCUCCACAAUGCUGGAUUUCUUGCACAAAAGCAUCUGGCUCGAGGCAAGCGGCUUAAUUACACUGAAGCAGUUGCACUGAUCGCGACUCAGGUUUUGGAGUUUGUCCGUGAUGGUGAUAAGACUGUUGCAAACCUGAUGGACAUUGGGAAACAACUUUUAGGAAGGAGGCAAGUUCUUCCAGCUGUUCCACAUCUUUUGGACACUGUCCAGGUUGAGGGGACUUUUCUGGAUGGGACAAAGUUAAUCACCAUCCACGAUCCUAUUGCUAAUGAGGAUGGAAAUUUGGAGCUAGCUUUACAUGGUUCUUUCCUUCCAGUUCCUUCACUAGACAAGUUUUCAUUGCCAGAAAAUUAUAGAAUUCCUGGUGAAAUAGCUUUUGGAUUUGGAACUAUCACAAUUAAUACUGGAAGGAAAGCUGUGAACCUUAGUGUUGUUAAUGUCGCUGAUAGGCCUAUUCAGAUUGGAAGCCAUUAUCACUUCAUUGAGGUGAACCCCUAUUUGGUGUUUGAUAGAGAGAGAGCAUAUGGUAUGCGGCUGAACAUACCCGCUGGGACAGCUACUCGAUUUGAGCCAGGGGAUGAAAAAAUGGUCGCACUUGUAAGCAUUGGAGGUAAAAAAGUGAUCACUGGUGGGAAUGCCAUUGUCGAUGGUCCUGUUGACAUUUCCCAGAUUUCAAAGGUGAUGGAUGCUGUAAGUGCUGGAGGCUUUGGGCAUAGAGAAGAAGCAAAUGCCAGUGAAGGUGUCGUUGGAGUAGAUCCUGCUUUCGCAGUGCUAGUUUCGCGUGAGGCCUAUGCUAACAUGUACGGACCUACUACGGGUGACAAAAUUAGGCUUGGUGACACUGAUUUGCUUGCAGAAAUUGAAAGGGACUUUGCUGUUUAUGGUGAUGAAUGUGUAUUUGGAGGUGGAAAAGUCCUACGGGAUGGGAUGGGGCAGGCUUCUGGAUAUCCACCAUCUGAUUGCCUGGACACUGUCAUCACAAAUGCUGUGAUAAUUGACUAUACAGGAAUAUAUAAAGCAGAUAUUGGUAUCAAACAUGGAUUAAUCGUUGGUAUUGGUAAGGCAGGUAACCCAGAUGUCAUGGAUAGUGUUUCAGUUGGCAUGGUAGUUGGGGUCAACACUGAAGUUAUUGCUGGAGAAGGAAUGUUUGUAACAGCAGGGGCCAUAGAUUGUCAUGUCCACUUUAUAUGCCCUCAACUGGCAUAUGAAGCAAUAUCCAGUGGUAUCACGACAUUAAUAGGAGGUGGCACGGGACCUGCUGAUGGGACACGUGCGACUACAUGUACACCUGCACCAUCUCAAAUGAAAUUAAUGCUUCAGUCAACUGAUGAUAUGCCUCUGAACUUUGGCUUCACCGGGAAGGGUAACAGUUCCAAGCCAACUGGGUUACAUGAAAUAAUCAGGGCUGGAGCAAUGGGUCUGAAGCUACAUGAGGAUUGGGGAACUACCCCUGCCACAAUAGACAACUGUUUGAGCGUUGCGGAACAAUAUGACAUCCAAGUUAAUAUCCAUACUGACACCUUGAAUGAAUCUGGAUGUGUGGAGCACACAAUUGCGGCAUUUAAAAAUAGAACAAUCCAUACUUAUCACAGUGAAGGUGCAGGGGGUGGUCAUGCUCCAGAUAUCAUCAGAGUUUGUGGUGAAAGAAAUGUCUUGCCCUCCUCAACAAACCCGACACGACCCUAUACUUAUAAUACUGUAGAUGAGCACCUUGACAUGUUGAUGAUCUGUCAUCACCUGGAUAAGAACAUUCCAGAAGAUGUGGCAUUUGCUGAAUCUAGGAUAAGGGCAGAAACAAUUGCUGCAGAAGACAUUUUGCAUGAUAUGGGAGCUAUUAGCAUUAUAUCUUCUGACUCACAGGCAAUGGGUCGUAUUGGAGAGGUGAUAAGCCGAACAUGGCAAACUGCUCAGAAGAUGAAGGUGCAGAGAGGAUCAAUUGAACGAAAUGCAUCAAGCAAUGACAACUUCCGUAUCAAACGAUAUAUAGCGAAGUACACUAUAAAUCCUGCAAUAGCUAAUGGGAUUUCUGACUUUGUUGGUUCAGUUGAGGCAGGGAAAGUUGCUGAUCUUGUUCUAUGGAAGCCCUCUUUUUUUGGAUCCAAACCGGAAAUGGUGAUUAAAGGUGGUACAAUUGCAUGGGCUAAUAUGGGUGAUCCAAACGCAAGCAUUCCUACUCCAGAGCCGGUGAUGAUGAGACCCAUGUUUGGCGCAUUUGGCAAGGCUGGAAGCUCAAACUCCAUCUCUUUUGUUAGCAAGGCUGCCAGAGAUGCUGGCAUACAUGAGUUGUACGAACUCGAGAAGAGGGUGGAAGCGGUAAGCCGUGUACGGACACUCACCAAACUUGACAUGAAGUUCAAUGAUGCACUGCCCCAUAUUUGGGUGGAUCCGGAGACAUACACCGUAACAGCAGAUGGUGAGGUUCUCACGUGCAGUGCAGCCACAACAGUUCCAUUGUCUCGGAAUUACUUCCUCUUUUAGGCUGCACGGGUAAUAUCUUGAAGCUUUCAGAUGAUUUUAAGAGUUGGCAGAGUUAAGAGUGGAAAUAAAAUAGAUAGAGCAAGUAGUCAAAAAUAAUCUAAUAUAUGAAUCCACAUUGAUCUAGAGUAAGGUUUAUCUAAUCUGAUGCACAUUUUAUCUGCUCAGGGACCAUCAGGUUUUAGAAGUUAGAACCAGGAAUCACUGGACAUGGAUGUUGGGCUUUAGUUGAUUUAUUAGGAUUUUGUAUUCACAAGUUUUGGAAUGCUCCAAAUUCUACUUGAGCAUCCAAAUCUGGGUCAAUACGAGCAAAAACGUGAACAAGGUUGUAGCACCA